UUAUUAUUUUGAUUUGCUAGAAUUUCCGAAUUUUCCGAAUUCUCUUCAUACUCUUGCUAUCGAUAGCAGAACAGCUGAUUGAAGACAAUCGGAAUAAAAACAGUUAAUGCUUGCAUUGUUGACUCUUUUUAAGACAUUUUUAGCAUUUCAAGAGCAAAUACCGGACUUUGCUCGUUACUUUUAUAAUGCCAGCAUUUAUUCGAUUUGGCGUUCGCCGCGGAAUCGGUUUAUAUUUGCCUACACCGAGGAGCUGCUGCUGCAACAUGAGGGCAAUGACUUACUCCAAGGAUACAUAUUUCACGAUCAACCAAAUGUGUUGCUGGUCAGCGCCCCAUAUCUGAACUCGAGCACAUUUGACAUCAAAACAAACCGCUUUGUGGGUCCGCGAGACUUUAACGACAAACCGGGGACGAUUCAAUUCAAUUUGCUGCAACGCUACGACUCCCAGCUGCGGGAAAUCAUCUGGGAAAGUGGCACUAAAAUGUCCAAGAAAUUGCAGAAUCUACAGGGUCGUGAAGUUUUCAUUGGAAUCUUUGAUUACAAGCCAUUCAUGUUGCUGGAUUAUGAAAGACAGCCAACUGUUUACGAUCGCGCUGAGGGCAAGACAGAAGUCUUCAUCGAUGGCACCGAAGUGCGUCUAAUGAUGAUAUUCUGUAAACUUUACAACUGCACAGUCCAGGUUGACACAACUGAGACGAGCGACUGGGGUGAUAUCUAUUCGAAUGCCACGGGCUAUGGUCUAGUAGGAAUGGUACUCGAUAGACGUAACGACUAUGGCAUAGGAGGAAUGUAUUUGUGGUACGAGGCCUAUCAGCACAUGGAUAUGACCCACUUUCUGGGCCGUUCGGGCGUCACUUGUCUGGUGCCAGCUCCCAAACGUUUAAUCAGCUGGACCCUACUUCUGCGUCCAUUCCAGGCCAUUCUUUGGUUUUGUGUGUUGGUCUGCCUGCUGCUCGAGAUACUCGGCCUUUGCCUUACCCGACGCUGGGAGCAAUCGUUGCUGCCACAAACAUGGAUUGAAAGUCUACGGUUUGGCUGCGUCAGUACGCUGAAGCUAUUCGUCAACCAGAGCACCAGCUAUGUCACCACCUCAAAUUCCCUGCGCACCGUGCUCUUGGCCAGCUACAUGAUUGACAUCAUUUUAACAACCGUCUACAGUGGCGGACUGGCGGCUAUUCUGACUCUGCCCACACUAGAGGAAGCGGCCGAUUCUCGACAGCGUCUCUUUGAUCACAAACUGAUAUGGACUGGUACAUCGCAGGCGUGGAUUACCACGAUCGAUGAGCGUUCAGCUGGUCCAGUUCUCCUGGGCCUUAUGGAGCAUUAUCGCGUGUUUGAUGCAGCCCUGAUCACGGCCUAUUCGCGCUCGGAGCAAAUGGGAUUCGUGGUGGAACGCUUGCAGUAUGGCCAUUUGGGCAAUACAGAAUUAAUUUCCAACGAUUCGUUGGAACGAUUAAAGCUAAUGGUCGAUGACAUUUACUUUGCCUUCACAGUGGCAUUUGUGCCGCGACUUUGGCCGCAUCUGAAUGCCUACAACGACUUUAUUAUGGCAUGGCACUCCUCGGGCUUGGACAAAUUCUGGGAAUGGAAGAUUGCCGCCGAAUAUAUGAACGCCUAUAGGCAGAAUCGCAUUGUUGCCUCCCAAAAGCAGAACCUGGAAAUCGGUCCCGUACAGCUGGGCUUCGACAACAUCAUUGGCCUGAUAAUGCUGUGGUUCUUCGGCCUGAUAUGUAGCCUGCUGGCAUUUGUGGGGGAAAUAUGGCACCACAAGCAAUUUUAGAUGGCAGUACUGUAAAUGCUGUUGUUAUUUUUGUAUUAAUACAAAUUUAUUUUCAGAAUU